AUGGAUCCUCAGUGGCAGCAAUAUCCCUCCGCGAACUCGCCUGGCUCCUCGAGACGACACAACGGCAAUACCCAAGCCCCUCGAGACUACACCAACCAGCCCCCGCCUCAAGGCGGAUAUAAAUACGACCAGUUCCACGGUGGCGCCCCCGUCCAUUCUGCUGCUGCUCCGCCUGCUUCUGCUCCUGUUGGUAACCCCAACUCAGUCGCCUCUCCAAUCUCACCUUCGCAGAUGCGCGACGGCAACGGUGACGUCGCUAUGCACGAUGCUCAUGAUGCUCAUGCUGGUAUCAAGUACCCCAUGAGGCCCCUUCAUCAAGCUCACAUGUCGGGCAGCCGCCCCGUCAACCUUCACUCACCUCAAGAGUCUUCUUCCGUCGCUCAACGAUACUCGCCCAUGGAGGCGCUGUCCCCCACUUCACCUUACGCGCCUAAGUCGGCUUCAAACAGCCAAUUCACAAGCCCGACCUCCCAGCGACAGUCGCCUACACGCCAGUCUGAUUAUUCUCAAUCUCCAUAUUUUCCCGGCGCCCGCCAACACCAGCAAGGCCAGCAUCUUCCCCCUAUCAACCCUUACGCGUCUGCCGGUCACCAGGAAAAUUAUCCCUCUUCAGCUGUCGGCAAUCUCGAUGCUGCUUUUAACCUGGACCCCAAGUCUCCGAGACGGCCUGUGCCCCAGCAAGUGACAAGGGGCCCAGUACCCGAGUUCAAGCAACUCUCCUCGCCUGCAGAUCUGCAGCCCAAGGUCAAUUCACAGCCUCCGUUUCGCCGCGCCAACCCUGAGGGCGGUUUCAUCAGUCCUCUCCAAGCUCUUACUGUUCAAUUGCCUGCUACGUAUCGCAUCUGUAACCCUAGCUUCAAAUAUGAGUCGUCGCGCAAUCCUCGCAGAGUCUUAACCAAGCCCAGCAAGGGCACCAAGAACGAUGGCUAUGACAACGAAGACAGUGACUAUAUCCUCUACGUCAACGACAUUCUUGGAUCUGAAGAAGCCGGCCACAAAAACCGUUACCUUAUUCUGGAUGUUUUGGGGCAGGGUACUUUUGGUCAAGUCGUGAAAUGUCAGAAUCUCAAGACGCAAGAAGUAGUGGCUGUCAAGGUGAUCAAGAAUCGUACUGCCUACUUCAAUCAGAGCAUGAUGGAGGUUUCGGUCCUCGAUUUGCUCAACACGAAGCUUGACAAGAACGACGACCAUCAUUUGUUGCGGCUUAAAGACACUUUCAUUCAUCGCCAACAUCUUUGCUUGGUUUUUGAGCUCCUUAGCGUCAACCUUUACGAGCUCAUCAAGCAGAACCAGUUUAGAGGACUCAGCACUACUUUGGUUCGCGUGUUUGCUCAACAGCUUCUCAACGGUCUCGCACUGCUUAACAAGGCUCGUCUGAUACAUUGCGAUUUGAAGCCUGAGAACAUUCUUCUCAAGAAUCUCGAAAGUCCCAUCAUCAAGAUUAUUGAUUUCGGCUCAGCCUGCGACGAGCGACAAACAGUGUAUACUUAUAUUCAAUCUCGAUUCUACAGAUCUCCCGAGGUUUUACUUGGUCUCCCCUAUUCUUCGGCCAUCGAUAUGUGGUCCCUUGGAUGCAUUGUGGUGGAGCUGUUCCUGGGACUUCCCCUGUUCCCAGGAUCUUCUGAGUAUAACCAGGUCUCGCGAAUCGUUGAAAUGUUGGGCAACCCCCCGAACUGGAUGAUCGAGAUGGGCAAACAGGCGGGCGACUUUUUCGAAAAGCGACAAGAUGAGUUCGGAAGACGGACAUACCAGCUUAAACCCAUGGAGCAAUAUGCCCGAGAGCGUGGCACCAAGGAACAGCCUAGCAAGAAGUACUUCCAGGCCAACACCCUUCCCGAGAUUAUCAAGUCCUACCCCAUGCCUAGGAAGAACAUGAAGCAGAGCGAGAUAGAUAGAGAAAUGAACAACCGCAUCGCGUUCAUUGACUUUGUCCGCGGCCUUCUUACGAUCAACCCUCUUGAGAGGUGGUCUCCCCAGCAAGCCAAGCUUCAUCCGUUCAUCACACAACAGAAGUUCACUGGACCUUUCAUACCACCCAUGAAUCUGAAGUCUAGCUCGCUGAAUAGGUCUCCAGCACCUGGCACCCAGCAACAGCAACAGGCCGAGGCACUUAGCAAGCAGCGGGCUCAAGCGGCAGCAGCUCAACAUCAAGCACAACACCAGGCACAACAACAGGCUGCUUCAGCUGCUCCUGCCCCCUAUGCCAACCAGUACGCGCCUCAAGGUCAUACGCAACCGCAGAUGUACGGCAACAACUCAAUGUAUUCUCCCGGAGGCAACCACGCCAAUAUGCCAUCGGCAUACGGCCAGCAACAACAACACGGGCAGUAUGGACAAAUGGUCAUGUCCCAACCGCCUCAGCAGAUGCCUCAGGGGCAAUAUGCACAAAUGCCCCAGCCCAACAUGUAUCAGCAUCAACAAGGUGGUAUGAGGCCAGCACGCCAACGGGCUUCAACCAUGGAGCAGCAACAGAGCGGUAUCCCCGCUGCCAUCCAACGAGUAGCUAGCCAUCUCGACCCCAGUCAGCCGAUUCGUUUACAGCCUAGCCCGGCGUACUACCCACCCACUGGAGAAAGCAUGGCGUCUGGCAGCAUCGAUAACCGCACGGCAGCAGGUCGAAGAGGUAGCCGCGUACAACAGGGUGGUCGAGGCAACAGGGACUUCAUACGCAACUUGGAGGAGCGCACUCUGGAAGAAGGUUUUAUGGGAAACCAGAACACUUGGCAUUGA